CAGAGAUGGCGUCCGAGCUGCUCAAGCAGGACGUAGAGUGUGUGCAUAUGGGUCCGCUUUGGGAGCGUGUCAAGGGCACCAUGUUCUCCUCGUGGAAGCCGCGCUUUGCCAUCCUCCAGCCCAACACGCUCGCUGUCUUUGCCUCCAAGUCGGCCACAGACCCGCUGUACACCCUCGACCUCUCCGAGGGCGCCUCACUCCGUGCCAAGCUCAAGGACGCCACGCUGCAGCACAUGGCGUCGCCGUCGAUGAAGGACCUCAAGUUCACCCUCGGCGUCGACGGCAAGGACCACACGUUCUCCACAGAAGACGCUGCCGCCCGCCAAAAGUGGAUGUACGCCCUGCACAACAGGUUCAACAUCAAGCGCAAGCGCAAGGGUCCGCCUGUCGCCCGCGUCACAAAGUCGUCGCCGCUCGCCGCAAAGCAGCAAGAGACCACCCUGAACGCUGCCGACCGCGCUGAGCCCGCUCCGGCACCGGCGGCGCCCCCUGUCGCGCCGCGCACUGCGUCGGCCUCGCUCUAUGCGCCGCACAACGCUCCAGCUACUUCCGAGAGCGUCCACGACCAGCCGGCCUCUCCGGCAGAGCCGGCCGGAGUCGCUCCAGUCCCCGACGUGGGCGACCCCAUUGUGCCUGUCCGCACCGCCUCGGUGGCCCCGGCCGGCAAGCCUCGGGGAAAGUCUGGCCGUCGUCGCAAGUCCAAGCGCAAGUCCAAGGCAAAGGCUGCUGCCGGAAGCGGCAAGAGCGCUCAAACCCAUCAGUCCGCGGAGCCCGAGCCCGAGUCCGAGCCCAAGCCUGUGGCAGCCCCGCAGCCCGAGCCGGCCCCGGUUGCACCGCACCCGUCAGUCGUUGCCUCGCCGGUCCGCAUUCAGGUCACUGCCUCUGCAGACGCUGCCCCCAACUCGCCGUUCCAUCUCUCGUCUGAAUCAGCGUCGGGCGACGGCGUCUCCGCCGCAGGUGUAGACUCGGUCGCUGUCGAGGUCGGCUCGGCCUAUCCCGACACCGAGGUCGAGCCUGACGCCGACUCGGAAGAGCCGUGCGCAGACCCGCAUCCGUCUGAGCGCGAGCUUGAGUUUGUUACCGAGUACCACAAGAAGCGCCACGAAAUGGCGCUGCGGGAGGCUCGCACCUCGCCAGCCUCGCUGCCAGUGCCCGAACCGGCCAAGCCAGCUCGCCGCAAGCGUCGUGCCCGCCCGCAAAAGAACGCCCGCCCCUCGGGCCCGGCCCGCAGGCGCGGGCCCAAGGCGUCCACCAGCAAGUCGGCGUCACGCUCGCGCUCGCGCUCGCGCUCACGCACACGCACUCGCUCCGCCGCCCGUCCGCCUGCCCGCCGUCGUGGCAAGGCCAAGGACAUAUCCUACCGUGUUGUCCGCCCGACUGACGCCACCGGCAUCGUCGCCUCGUUCCCGGCCACCUCGGCAGUCUCGGCCGUCGUCGAGACCGUCGAGAACGCCGCCACAAGGCCGUACCGCCGUGGCCGCAUUGAUCUUGAUCCACGUGACGCAGACGUCACCGUUGUCCAAGUUGACCUCUCGCAGCAGACCAUUGCACCAGCUGCUGCCUCGGUCCGUCCCACGCCAGAGGAGGAGGCUGCUAUUGGCUGGCGCUACUUCAAGCCGGACGCCUUUGUCGAGCCUGAGCCUGCCGCCGCGCCUGUCGUUGGUAUUGGCUCGUACGCUGCCCAGUUCCGCAAGCGCAAGGUUCGCUCGUCUCACACGCAUCACUCGUCGCGCGUCUCGCGCUCACGUUCUCCUGACGACCACCGCUCUCCUCUCGACGCUGCCGCUACGGUUGCGCUCGAGCGCGACCUCAUGCGGCGCCAGGUCCAGGCACUCCUCGACGGCGAGCCUGAGCUCGCCGAGCCGUUUGUCAUCGCUCCCAGGCAGGACGCAUCCGAGUCUGCUGCUGUUGCUGCCGCCGCCACUACCCCUUCCGUCGCCCGUCCAGCCGCCACCGCCGCCUCGCCGCCGCCUGCCACCGCCGACGUGCCCGAGGCGGUGUGGGAGCUCUCCGACCUUGACGAGGAGGACUCGUUCCGCGACGCCCAGGCGCUUUACAACUCGAUCGCUGCGGAAGCCUCAGAGCUCGAAUCGGCCAUCAAGAGCCAGGUCCGCAUCCUGCAAGCUGAUAGCGGGCGCCCGACUGGCAGCGCUCGUGAGGGCAAGCCCGCUGUGGGCCUGCUCGUGGUCGCAGAUCCGUCCGUCGACCGCGGCGUCGUCGUCUCCAAGGUUGCCCCGGCGUCGGCUGCCGCUGACGCCGGCAUCACCGUCGGCCACAUUCUCGUCUCAGUCAACGGCGACUCGAUCGACUCGGUUGCCGACAUGCGCGAGGCCUUCACCCGCCAUUGCUACGCCCCAGGCCUCCGCGUCCAGUUUGGCCUCCUCUCCCCUGAUCUCUCCGGUCCCCACUCGGUCGACGUCGUUGUCGGCGAGGCCGGCUCACCACCGCCCUCGGCUCCGCGCCCCGCCUCUUCCUCACCGCCCUCUCACUGCUCAGCCGAUGAAGACUCGGCCUCCUCCAGCUCAUCUUCUCGAUCGUGCCGCUCGUCCUCGCCUCGCUCCUACUCGUCAGAUCGCGACGACGUCUCGUACUCUUAUCCGCCCUACUCGGAGGGAACCCUCUCUUACUCUGGCAACGCGCGCCCCUACUCGUACUCGGGGCAUCCGUACUCGUGCUUAUACUCGGACGGCGCAUCGUCGUACUCGCAGUAAACCGAGCCCCCCCC